ACGUCCAGGUCCGACCGCAGUUUUCCCGGUGGUCACAUGCAUCCCCCGCCCAUUGGCAUACCAGGUACUGUAUCACCGCCGGCUCGGGUGCGAGAGUGAACUCACCCAAAACAUCAGGGGAAGGCCAAGCGGACUGAAGAUUGCGGAUACUUUGUAAGUAUUAGGCCUCUACACGGCUUCCAGCCAAAAGCAGACAAGCAGUAAGAAGGGUUGUUCUCCAUCGAAGAAUUUGAAACCACCAGCCCGGCCAGCAUCCGACGGAAUCAGCUCCGCGCCAGAUCGUGGAGAAAGACGAUCGAUGCCGCCCCUGUUUCCGCGCCGCUUGUUCGGUCAUAUAUAAUGAAGCUGUGCUCAAUCUUUUGCAGACAAUAAAAAGCGAGGAACCCAAAAAAAAACCCCCCCGCUGACAGCGGCGUGGAAGAUACUGUACACCUACUCAUACUUCGCCAGCAACUCCAUCCAUCAGCACCAGAUACUAGUCCACCAAGAGUCAGGCGUUCACUCUCGAGCAGAGCUGGAUCACAGUCCUAGUAUCUCAUCUCUAUACAACCAGGGUUGCUACCCAAGCCAUCCCAAUCAUCAUCAUGGCCGAACGCCCGCAAUACAAAUACACACUAUACACCUACUUCCGAUCCUCAUGCUCAGCCCGGGUCCGCAUCGCAGCCCACAUCAAGGGAAUCGAGCUCGAGUACAAAUACAUCCAUCUCGUCAAAGGCGAGCAACAUGAUUCAGAAUACACAUCCCUGAACCCCAGCGAAUCAGUACCAACACUAGUCGUGACCGACAUCCAGUCCGGCAAAGUGGUGGCCAAGAUCCGGCAAUCCGUCGCCAUCCUAGAGUAUUUGGAAGAAAUAGACACGAGACCCGAUUCACCGAAACUAUUACCUCCUCCCAACGAUCCCGUCGGCCGUGCCAAGGUCAGGGAGUUGACGGAUAUUGUGGCCUGCGACAUUCAACCGGUCACGAAUCUGAGAGUGUUGAACUUCAUCAAACCGUUUGGCAUUGAAGCGCCCAAAUGGCAGGUUCAUUUCAUGACGCUGGGCUUCCGUGCGUAUGAGGGUUUGCUCAAGGACUAUGCGGGAAAGUAUAGUGUUGGUGACGAGUUGAGCAUGGCGGACUGUGCCCUCGCGCCGGCUGUGGAUGGCGCCCUGAGGUUUGGGGUCGAUGUCAAGGGAGAGUUUCCGCUCGUUUGGAAGGUGUGGGAGAAUUUGAAGCAGGUGGAGGCGUUUAAGAAGGGGAGAUGGGACAAUCAGGAGGAUACGCCCGAAGAGUUGCAGGGGAAGGGGCAGUAGAUUUUGGCAACCAAAAUAGCAGAAUGGUUGAAUAGGAUUGAUAUCAGCUAC